AUGAUAAAUAAAAUAACUGAGUAAUCUAACAUGAAUGGUCCUCGUUAAACUAGAAGUCUGACAACUAAAGUUUCACCAACAGCUAAAAGAAAUAGAGAAACUGAGCUUCUAUAUUUAAGUAAAGUUAAUGCCUUUAAUUAAUUGAAAAAUUAUCAAAUUGAUUACAUUUAUCGAUCGAUUAAAAGUAUUGAAUUUACAAGAGGACAUUUAAUCUUUCAAGAGGGAUAGAAAUGUGAUGCUGUUUAUGUAAUCAAAUAAGGGGAAAUAGAAAUAUUUAAAAAGGAACCAAUAAAUCAAUAAAUUGAAUUAAAUUACUAAUUCAAUAAAAAAAAGUUUGUUCAUCAAAUGAUUAAAGUUCUUGGAGAAUAAACUGCCUUUGGAGUAGGUGAUAUUCUAACUGGAAUCUAUUCAAUUAAUGCAAGAGUAACAUCUCAUUUUGCUGAAUUGUAUAUGAUUAAAGUAUAGGACUAUAAAAGAAUCCUUGAUAUGGAACCAUAAAUCAAAUUAUAACAGUAGGAAAGCGAUAAUAUGGAUAAUCUUGAACUUAUUCCAAAAUAUUAAUUGCCAUCAUUAUAUGAUUCUGUAAAAGCAUCAUAAGCUCAGAAAUAAGAAAUUUAAUAUCUAAAGAAAAUCAGAAAAGGUAUCACCUACCUCAUUCCAUAAUCUUAGGGAACAGAUGUUAUGAAAAAUUCUCAUAUUGAUUAAAGCCUUGAAGAAAUCUAUAAGUAUUGUCAUCAAUCUAUUUAAGAAAGUCUGUUAUAUUGCAUCAGAAAAUGCUUCCAAAUUAUCAAUAAGUAGACUUAGAAAAUCCACUUAUCUAAGGUUAAGAAAUUAUAAAUGAUAAAUUGUUAUUGAACAAAAUUAUUUAGAAAGAAUAUACUAUUAAAAUUCCAAAAGAAUCACCAAGAACUAAUAAAAUGAUGUAGAAUAGUAUUAUUUAAUCUUCCAAUAGUCCAAUGAAUAAGAAACUUCAAUUCAAUUAUUAAAAGGAUAAAAAAAAUAAACAAAAUUAUUCUAUGAAUGAAACGUCACAUAGAGAAAAAAUGAAAAUUAUAUAAGAUUCCUCACCUAAUUCUAAUUCAUUUCGAUCUGCAAGAUUUGAUACUGGUAGAUCUACAUUUCAUGCUACUCCAUUAUUUGAUUAACAUGAUCCAAUCAGAUUAAAAUAAUUCAUACCAACAGAGCUUUUCCCAAUUUAUUGCCAUUUAAUCAAACCAGACAAUUAAGAAAUAUGUUGA